CUCAGCAUAUCUCAUGCUACCAUUAUACAUAUUUGAACUGAAACAUGGCACCAGCAGUAGCAUCUCCCAAGGGGAUGACCUAGUAGUUGCUUAGGUAUGAGAGUAAUUCAGAAAAAUUAGGUCUGAAUCCAGUUACAACACUUAUUUCAUGAAUUAAUCGAGAUAUGCACAAAUUGAUACAUCGAUACUCUUGUAUAAAAGAUUCAUGAAUUAAUCGAGAUAUGAACAAAUUGAUACAUCGAAACUCUUAUAUACAAAUAUGGCAUUAGAGCCCCUUGAGUAGGGUAAGUGAAUGUUGGUUUUUCUCGAUUACUCCCUCCUUGCAUGGUAACACCUAGCUAUCGUUACUCCUCUCAGGAUCAUAGUUAAUACAAUAGCUCUUAGUUGCAAAAAUUUGUCUGUACUCAUCACGAGUAAGUAUUUCAUAUUAUAAUUCUGGUCUUAUAAGGUGUAACAAUAGCUAGAUUACAAUGUGUAUCUAGAGAGUUCCUCGAAUUCACGUGAAUUUAUACUUUAUAAUAAAACUACUAUUUUAGGAUAAAGGACUAAAUGUGUACAAAUUUCCAAAGUAAGAGGGUAAUUCAGGAAUAAAACAGCCAGCUAGGAUGUCCUUGUAUUUUACAUUUUCGGACCGCGUGUUACCUUAUAAUAACCAAAUUACAAUACUAAUUUGUUCUAUAAAACCGUUUUAGUCAAACCAGUCAAACCUCUCUCUGUUUUUUAUUUCCUCUUUUUCUCAGAGGCCAUUACUGUAAACCCAAGAUAAAGAAUUACUCCCUUAAUUGAAUUUCUUUAUAUCUCAUUUUUAACCUUCCUUCAAUUUUCUUGAAUUUGAACUUUGAACUCAAUAUCCCGCCUCUCUUCCAUCUCAAUCUCCAUUUUCUUUCAUCAAGAUCCUGUCUUGAUCACAUUCUUGAAUGUUCUUAUAGCUGCUGAAUGCAGAAACAAGGUAAAUGAGGGGGUUCAACUAAAAGUAAAUUGACUAGCUUAAUUCCAUGCCCCCCACACUUACUAUGAAGAGAGAAAAUUCAGUAAUCUCAGCUGCAAUUGAGCCCAUGGUUCGAGUUACAAGAUCUCGAGCUGCUGUCUCUGAAAAAUCCAUGGUUGCUAGCACUGGAGAACUGCCAAAGCAGCGGGGCCAGAAACGUGCUCUGCAGAUAAGUUCUAACCCGGCAAUCCUUAGGGUGAGGAACAAGAAUGUUCCACUUACUUCCUGUGUGGAGCAGAAAUGCCGGCCGGUGCUUAAGGAUGUCACAAAUCUAUGUUGCAACACUUCAAAUGGAGAUGCUGUGAAAGCCCCAAAGAAGAAGAAGAUCAUGCGGAUUGGAAACAGCUCAAUGAAUGUGUCUACCACUUCUGUUGACCCUGAAGUCUCUCAAUUUCCAGCCAAGUUACCACCAAGGAGUAGCCUUAAUCAAAGUUGCUCAGACAGAAAGUCCCAUGAACAACAAGGAAAUGCAGUAGAAAUCAAAGGUUUUCCAAGAAAAAGCAUAGUUAGGAAAGCUGUUCCUGAUGCAGCACCAUCAACAUCAACAAAGUUGGACUUCAUAGACAUUGAUUCUGAUAAAAAAGAUCCACUACAAUGCAGUCAAUAUGCUCAUGAUAUAUAUAACAAUUUACGGGUUGCAGAGCUAAUUAGAAGGCCGCUAUCAAAUUUCAUGGAAACACUCCAGCGAGAUAUCACAGAAAGUAUGCGUGCAAUCCUUGUCGACUGGAUUGUGGAGGUGUCGGAGGAAUAUAAGUUGGUGCCAGAUACACUCUAUCUUGCUGUUCACUUUAUCGAUCUAUUUCUCUCUAAAAACUAUGUGGAAAGGAAAAACCUCCAGCUCCUUGGAAUCACUUGCAUGCUAGUUGCCUCGAAAUAUGAAGAGAUGUGUGGUCCACGUGUUGAGGAGUUCUGUUUCAUCACUGACAAUGCUUACACGAAAAAUGAGGUCCUGGCAAUGGAGAUUCUUAUUCUGAACUUUCUAGGUUUCCGACUCUCAACUCCAACUGCAAAGACCUUUCUCAGGAGAUUUAUAAGAGCAGCACAAGCUUCUUACAAGAAUCCCAAUUUGGAGCUAGAGUUCUUGGCUAAUUAUCUCACCGAACUGACAUUGCUCGAAUAUGGCUUCUUGAAAUUCACCCCGUCUGCUAUUGCUGCAUCAUCUGUAUUCCUUGCGAGAUGGACACUAGAUCAGUCAAGCCACCCAUGGAGUCCAACACUGGAGCACUAUACCUAUUACAAGGCUCAAGAUCUGAAAACCACAGUUAUUGCACUACAAGGUCUACAAUUGAAUAUAAAUAACUGCCUUCUAAAUGUCAUACGUGCUAAAUACCGACAAGAAAAGUUCAAGUCAGUCGCGUGUUUGUCUUCGCCAAAGCUACUUGAGACAUUGUUCCAAACAUGAAAUUUGAAGAUACAAGACUAACCAAAUGAGGCAGCAAAUGCUGAAGCAGAUGAGAUAUUCUAUAAAGGGGCUUUUUUGCAACUUGGCUCCUCCCUAGGCUUUUUUUAUGAGAGUAACUGAUUCAAAAUUCACAUUGAGUGUUCCUUUUGUCCACUCUUUUGCUGUAAAGGCUUUGACAUACUAGAAAUAGACUUAAAACUUUGCAACUUUAGCAGUAAAAAAUGAUCAACUUUCUCAGUUGUAAUUCAAGAAAAUCAUGCAGGUAAUUCUUUACUUGCUAUUUUUUUCAACCCUGUUACAUUUGCCAGCUUUUGUAAUUUAGAAUGAUUUGUCUCAAUCUUCUAUAUAUAUCAUUUGCUUA